CAAUCCCACCUAAAAUGUGCACCAGUUAGCCCAAAAUUUAAAUGAAAAAAGAUUGGAUAUGGAAAAAAAUGUCGUCCCACUGUCGAAUGAAGAGUGAAAAUCGGGUCCUGACAGGGCCAAAACAAUGAGCAAUUGCACUCCCUGCUGUGCCAACAUACGUCUCAGUCUACCAGACCGCAUAAAGAGUAUAAUUGCCAAGUAUGAAAAUUGUCCAUCAGCCUGUACAUCCGGAUGGGCAACAAGAGCCCACAGUGUAUCACCAAAAUGCAUCCAAUUCCAAUUCUCCCCGGUCCGUCCAUUUUCGGCUCACGCCUCCAGUUGCUGCCGUACACCACCAAUUUAUCCAUCGAGCUGCUUAUCACUUGGUGACACAACAUGCAACCAACAUUUCAAGCCAUUUAAUGUGCCAUUAGCAGUGCCAGGACCUAAUUUACAACGGUACUUGUCCACCAAGACUAUUUGUCCCUCUCUGAGAGGUCGUCUGAUGCUGUAUGAGAGACAUCCAGUUCCAAAGUCUCCAACAUCAUUUACCACCUGUCCCUCCAAGAAGAUCCUAUCUUUUUGCCAGUGUAAACAACCGAGAUUAGUUUCAAGCACAAGAAACUCGUGUUCAACACCUUGGAGAUGCUGUGAAAUUCCUCUGACAACCUAUGAGCCGCCAUUUUCCUCGCCCUAUCUUGAGCGAGAAUUUACGAGUAGAUUUGCACGAGUACCUCUUUUUGAUUGUGGUCAUUAGUUUGUAUCAUCUGUUGAUUAAAUAUCGUCUAGGGUUGAACCAACGGGAGGAACAAUCAUCCGACCUUUUCUGUUCAGAAUUUAUUUAUCUACAAAAGAAGUCUCUUAGUGUUUUCACGGUGAAUCGAUGGUUUUCGAGAUAAAUCGAUAGUUUAAACAAAAAUCAUCAGCACUGGGGAAAUAAUUACUCUCGUCAAAUAUAUUUACUUAACGAGAGGAAAUCUACAGUAGGAGAAUGGCCUACAGUAAAUUAAUUAAUUAUUUAC